UUUGACCCCGACUGCUCAUCUAGCGCUGAAAGCGUAUCUGAUAAGGCAAUUAUCGACCUGCAAAUGAAAGUGCUGAGGGAGGAAGAAGUGCUCAUAGCAAAGAAAUCUCUUGCCCUCGAUAUAUACAUGGAUGUUUUAAAAAAACAACAGCAGUUCUACACUUCCGUUCUCACACGCUUCCGAGGUUCAACAGAGGAAACGAAGCGGUCAAAUCGCGACCCUCAGCAACAGCAAAUAUUCCAGUCUUGGAAUCUCGCUCCCUACUCGGCAGUGCCAAUGCCGCCGGACCUCAAAUCUGCACCUGCAUUCCUUUGA